AGCAUAUACCUCGAAAACGCGGGAAGAAUCCUGAUAUCCCCCUGACUCCCGUUCCGCCAUUUUUGCCUUCUGAACCUCUCUCAUCCUCACAAAACCAAAACAAUUCGGGAAUAUUCUCCUUGGACAAAUUGACUUGCACGUUAAGCGAUUCCCCCUCUCCCGUUUCAAUUCCUUUCAACCUCCGUCUUCCGGUCAGGCAGGCGGAGCUUCUGUCUCGUUUUAUUUCCGCUUUGCUUGUCGCCGGCAACAGUCAUUCGGCGGGGUUUCCCCCCCUCAUUCCGUGGUCAAUUCGAACUCUUGUUUUUCCUCCCCCCUUCCAAAUUCGCUUUGGUUUCGUGUUUUUGACAAUGUUCGUUGCUGGGUGAUCUCUUCGGCCGGUCCAUUCGCCAUCUCCCGCGCUCUGCUGCUAUUUCUCAUGCCCGCUUGCUUCUGGUAUGAAGUUCGCAGGCGAUUGUUUCUUUUCCUCUCCUACAUCUCUUCCACUUGUGUGGAAUUCUUCUUCAGCUGCUCAACAAGGUGCGUUUUCUCCUCUCCAGCUUUUGCAAGUAGCAUUAUACUCUUAUUGCCAUCUCGUCGAUUGAAUGGGCUUAUGGUGAUUGUGAAUGGCGCUUUUGUGUUUGAAGCAGCAGAGCCUUGUGUUGACUUUGGAGGUGAUUUGAGUUUGAAUUGGGAGCUUGAUGGGGAAAGCUGACAAUGGGAGAUGUGUUUUCCCUUUAUCUAGUCUGCAAAUCGGAGACUUGCAGUCGUAUCUUUCAGAUCUUAGUCUGUAUGUGGCUUUCGAAAGUAAGAAGCUAUACGUCUUGGUGGACAACCGGCCAUGGUUGAAGAGUCUGGGUUCGCGGCCAGCACACUUGUGGCAGUUAAUGGUUACAAAGUCGAGGUUAUCUCCAUUUGCAAACAGCAAAGCACAAAGAGGGAAAAGGGAGUGCAAGGGAACUUCUCGUCCUCAGUCUGAUUCCAACAAGGCAAAGAAUAUGGAGAAAUGGUUCUCACUGAUCGAUGCAAAAAACUUCUCUCAGAAGGCAGGUUUGUUGCCAGUGGAGAAGUUGAGGAAGUCAUUAUUCUUGAGCAGUGAGCUGCACAGAACACUCUAUGGUUUUAUAGUGUUUGAAGUUGCUUGGAGCAACGUUCGAGGUAUUAACUAUUUGAAUGAACUUCAGACAGACACAUCUCUGGCAGUUGAGGCGAAAGUUAUGCAAAGAUGGGAAUUUGAUUGUAUAUCUCAAGCAUCAAGAUCUAUAUCUUCUUGGUUUUCUGGAACAUUGCCCGAGCAGUUACAAUUGAAGGAGUACCUGGAUUCUGUUACAGGAGAUAUUUUCUAUGAUGCAAAGCAAAAAUUUUCAAGAACAGGUUCUUUCAAUGAUGAUGAUGAAGAGACCAUUGGAGGUAAUCUGGGCACUGGGAAUUUCCCAUCCACUAGUCUCAGUGAUUCUGAGGAUAUUAAAGAUGACUCUGAGCCCCACACACCUCCACCCAGUGGGCCCUACAAGAGAAGAAGGGUAACUAAGUCGAUUGCCACAGGAGUCGAAGUUGAUUUUUAUUCUGAAACACAGGGCAGAAGCAAAGAUUUGUUGCACAACUCGGAGGCUGAUUGCAGCAGCAGCAAUUGUGUAAACGGUAGUCUUGAAGCUAAGGAGUACAAGGACGUACUAAUUCUGAUGAGGUUCGAUGACCAUGACCUCCCUUCCAAGCUGAGGCAAAUCGUAAUGGCUGACCUUAGGUUAUUGACCCUCUUAGAGGCAGGGCUUCCAUCAUGGGUAAUCUUUCUCCAAUCAUAUCCUGGGUUUUGCCAUCUUUAUCGCCCGUGGAUGUGUCCACUAGCUAGAGCUUUAUACGUCUCCAUCUCGAUUGUCACUGUUAUGAUAGGCUUCUACGAUCUUUACAAAAAUGUCCCUGUUCUCAAGGCGACUGCAUCUCGAUUAUGUGGGCCACUUUUUGACUGGAUAGAGACUUGGGAAAUGGUCUCCAGGAUCAAGUAUCUGGGGACCAUGCUGUUUCUUCACAAUUUCCAGAAGGCUGUAACCUGGUCCUUAAUGAUCACUCGAACUUUCCGGUCUUUCCUCUCCGUUUUCACCCAACCUCUGGUUGGCCCGUUGGUGGAAUUAGUAGGAUUUCUCCUUCCAUUGUGGAAUGAAGUCAUUGAAGUAGUUGAGCGGUUAUUCUCAGUAGUCUGGCUUGUGGUGGGAACCACUUGCAAUGUGGUUGGAGAUGUUCUGGAGUUUUUCCUGUGGCCUAUAUGGUUUGUCCUCUCUUUUGUAUGGAACUUCGCGACUUCAAUCUUAUAUCCCAUCUUCUGGAUUCUGUGGGAAGUCAUCUAUACCCCAGUUCGCAUGGUUUUUGCACUAUCAGGCUUCCUGGGUGGAAUUUUAGGCUUGAUGGUGCAGUUGGUUGUAGAUGUUUGGCGAUCUAUGAGUAGCAUAGUGCAGCUUGCUUCAGCUUCCGAGGCGUCAGUGAACACGUACCAAGUUUCCAUGUGGAGAUCACUUUGGAGCGACCUUUUUUCACAGGUCUUUCGUGCCGUCAGAAGUAUUUUGAAUGGUUUUGUGGCUUUCUUCACAGCAUGCAACAAACAUCGCCUCAGCAUAUACAACCAUCUACAAGAUUUCAUCAGGAGAGUACUCGGUGGUGCUCAAAGAUUUCAGACUUUUGAUUCCCGGCCCAGAUGGAAGUCAUUCGAGCCGCGGAAUCUGUCUGAUUCAUUCGGGGAAUGCAAACAGAGCAGCUCGCCUCGUCGAAUGCCAACCCCGCGUAUUUCCAAGUCGAAGAUGCAGAGGUUUAUAAGGGUUACAAUUGGGCCCAAGAACUUAUAAGGCCCGCAAGUAAAAUGAAUGGAAAUAAAAGAAGAGUUUGGGCCGCUUCAGUUUAGCCCACAGUAUUUUACCCUCGUCUUCUCCCCUAGAAAGAAGACAGUGUCGAACUGCUGCUGAGAGCUGGAACAGGGGAAGCUGAUGGAACAGAGAAAAAUAAUGAAAGACAGAAUAGAGAAGAACACAUGUGAUGUUUCCAAUCUACUGGCCAGUCCUCGUCCUAGAUUCAACACUCUACUGAUGUCUAGGAGACUAUUUUUAUUUAAUUUUUCCUAUCAAGCAAAUGAAGCAAAAAGAUGUAGACUCAAGAGCAACACUGGAUUAGCCCACUUUGUAAGUAGCUUUAUAUCGCUGUUACAAAAGUUGCCGAGAACUUCUUUUUUGAAAACUAUUUAUAGCCUUGGCCAUCCUGCCGUUGUAUUCAAAAGUCGCCCAAUUAAGGAAAGCUGAAAAU